AUUAGCCGCUGCUCUUUAAAUCUUUUUCGUAUAAAAGCAACGGAUUUAUGAGUCGACUAUUUAUUAUUUGUGCGUUCAUUGUACGGUUCAAGUGUUGACGAGCCUAUAGGAUUUUACUUGAGACGAUUGUUUAGAUUUUUUAUUCGUCAACAAUGAGGGCAAAUUUGCAUUUGGCUGCAGUUGUUGUCCUUUGCUACAUUGGAACAACAAUCGGAAAAGAUGUUGUAAAGCGAGAAGCUCCACUACCAUCUAGCAAUUAUUUACCGCCAUCUCAACCGUCAUCAAGUUACGGAGCCCCAAGUCAGGGUAGCUUCGGAGGUGGAUUCGGUGGAAGCUCGUCGAGUUUCAGUGAUGCUGGUCCAUUGUCCAGUUACAUACCGCCACCAUCAGGUAUCCCAUCUGGAAGUUACGGUGCUCCUCCAAGUGCUCCGAGCAGACCAAGCUCCAGCUAUGGUCCUCCCAGUCCACCAUCGCAAUCAUAUGGGCCACCACCAAGCAGACCAAGCUCAAAUUAUGGUCCUCCCAGUCCACCAUCGCAAUCAUAUGGGCCACCACCAAGCAGACCAAGCUCCAACUAUGGACCUCCCAGUCCACCAUCGCAAUCAUACGGGCCACCACCAAGCAGACCAAGCUCAAGCUAUGGACCACCACCCAGUCGACCUUCUCAAUCGUAUGGCCCACCACCAAGCAGACCAAGCUCAAACUAUGGUCCUCCUAGUCCACCUUCGCAAUCGUAUGGACCACCACCAAGCAGACCAAGCUCCAGCUAUGGACCACCACCCAGUCGACCUUCUCAAUCGUACGGAGCACCACCAAGCAGACCAAGCUCAAACUAUGGUCCUCCCAGUCCACCUUCGCAAUCGUAUGGACCACCACCAAGCAGACCAAGCUCUAGCUAUGGACCACCACCCAGCCAACCUUCUCAAUCGUACGGACCACCACCAAGCAGACCAAGCUCUAGCUAUGGACCACCACCCAGUCAACCUUCUCAAUCUUACGGACCACCACCAAGCAGACCAAGCUCUAGCUAUGGACCACCACCCAGUCAACCUUCUCAAUCUUACGGACCACCACCAAGCAGACCAAGCUCCAACUAUGGUCCACCUAGUCCACCUUCGCAAUCGUAUGGUCCUCCACCAAGCAGUCCACCUUCGCAAUCGUAUGGACCACCGCCAAGCAGACCAAGCUCCAAUUACGGACCACCUCAACAAAGCUUCAGUCCUCCAUCAACCAGUUAUGGCGUUCCUGCUGCUCCAUUACCAGUAGCACCAUCAUCAAGUUACGGAGCUCCAUCUUCAGGAGGAUUCAGCAGUGGUUCAAGUGGAUUCGGCUCAAGUGGUUCGGGAGGUUACAGUUCGGGACCAUCAGUUCCAGCGACAAUUCAACAAAACUACGAUUCUAACGGAGGAUAUCAGUACUAAAUGAACCGGUAAUCGGAUACAUUUAGUUUUGAAUACUGACAAGAUAUGCGAAAACGAUGUUACUUUGGACAUCAGGUAGAUGUAACGUGUGCCUUAUUGAUAAAAGAAAAACAGCAAACUAUCCCUAUUUGAGAAUCCUUUUGAAAAAUAUCGAUUUUUUGUAUAAAUUAUUUAACUUUCCCUUUUUUACGUUAGUAAUUUCUGUUUUAUAGCUCUAAGUGUCGUGUAUAGUCGUCGUGUUUAUUUAUAAAUUAUAGUCUUAAAUUAUGUACAUUUAUCUUCUUCA